GCCUCCUCUCCUGUCGCCGCCGCUUCCUCCUCUCCUUUCCUCGAUGUUGGCAGGGCCUCGCCCUCACCGGCCAAAUCCUCUCCUUCCUCGAGCCCCGCGUCCCCCUCCAGCUCCCGUCCGCAUCUCUCCUCCUCACAUGCGCUCCCUUGUCCCAUCCAUGCCCAGCGGGAUGGUCACAGCAGUGGCGAGCGGUGGCGGGAGUAGGGUCCGGGUCAAGGCAGGUGUUGACGGCAUGGAUGAAGACGACGGUGGCCGUCGACGGGGGCCUGGCGUGCGUAGCGGCGGAUGGAAGGGCAGCAGCGGCCUGUGGGGCGUCGACUGGAAUGGCAGCGACCUCCAUGGAAGAGAAGGGCCCGGCAGGCUCGUGCACGCGGGAGAAGCUGGGGGCGCUCGUCGAUUGGGCAGAUGGCGGCCAUCCAAGUUUCUUCAAUCGAUCUGGACAUGGUCAUGGCAGCUACGCAAAGGGUGAAGGCGAGCGACCCUCUGGAGCCGCGUACGUCGAGAGUUCUUUUGAAAGGAGCUCCUCCUCGGCCUCUGCCUGGGCGCGAUCUGCACUGUCAGUGCCAAAUCUUGCUCAUGGAGGGAUCACUGUAUAUAGCCAGACAAUUAUAGUAGAUGAAGCUCACCGUUCGUAUCAUGAGAAUGUGGGAACACUCUAAUAUGGAUUCUACUGUGUUACAUGGUCCAAAUUUCCUUAUGGUUGAUCACAAGAUAAAAUUCAUAACCGAACUACAAUCUCCCAUCUCAUUGCAGCAGAUUAUAUGAUUCAGUCUAUGUACAACUUUUUAGGGCAACACAAUGGAAGGAACGAUCCCCACAUAUAGGAUGUGUACCUAUGAAAAUGAGUUCCAAAAAUGGGUCAUAUAUACGAUUGAAAACUUUUAUGAUACGUACAGCCAAGAAAAAAAUACAGGGCGAUGGAGCAUCCGUUCUGGCUCAGUUUCGCUCAACAAACAUUAAUAUAACCAGUCGUUCCGCAACCAGAAGAUUUACCUGUGUGUGGAACGACUGGUUAUAUGAAUGUUUUCAUCUUCGGUCAGCACUUAGUAAACACUACUUUUAUUACAGUUUCUUUUGCUGCCUAUCAAAGUAUUAUUUAUUUCAGUCUGCUCUGCUUAUUCAGAUGUUGUUAGAUCGAUGUGAAAACUUUCUCAUUAGAAGAAUCCACCCAAAACCAAUCACAAUUGAAAACAAUUGAAAGCAGUUCCGGAGUUGACACUUGAUUCCUCACCUGUAGCAAACCGCAUUGUAGAGGUUGAUGAAAUGUUGCGUGCCACGGUACCAGGGAGGAUAGUCUAAGUUGGAUAUGUCUUGUCUUCUCUUCUUUUCACUUCAUGUCCAAUUUUCUCUUAUCACCUAUUCUAUCAUCACAAUUCCCAGUAGAGCGUUGACUUCCUUUAAGGCAGGGACAUUAAGGGUAUAUUUUGAGAAUUUACUUACAAAAUUUGAGCUUAGAGAACUAAUUGUGGAUAGGUGAUCCUUUGAUAACUACUAAUGUUGUGAGUUUCAUUUAACCAAACUACAUGCAUUGGUAUUUUUCUUAAUUCACCAUGGUCUUCUCUGUUUGUAUAGAUAGAAGGACACCGAGAGGCACGUGCGAUGUGAUUUCCCUGUAGACAUCAUGUCGGACGGUACCUCAUUCGAGGAUGGUCUCUUUGUCGCACAGUCGACGACACUGUGGGGUUCUGCGGGAUGUUUUCCCGUGAAAAACCGUAGACUGCGCGCUUCAUCGCCGAAAAUUCGCUCCACCUUCUAAACAACAAGUAUGCAUCUUUGUGCAAAAAGAUAUGAGACAACAAUUGCCUCAAUGCCUCCAAUGUUUUGGGCAUUUUUUCAUUGCAUUUCGAAUCAGAAGAUGGAGCUAAAAAAUAAGCAAAUUUGUCAGA